AUGACCUUCUCAAAGCAAAUCCCUCUCCUUCUCUCCAUCUUCAUCUUCUUGCCUCUCCUAAAAGCAGCAGACCAAAAACCUUGCUACACCUCUUCGUGUAUACACGGAAACUUCGAUGGGAAGAUCCACGUUCGUUUCCCUUUCUGGCUAUUCCCCAAGCAGCCUGAGUCAUGUGGCCACACAGGAUUCAACCUCCUAUGCACCAAUCAUCACGAGACGACACUAAAGCUUCCCAACUCUGAAACAUUCCUCGUCCGAGAUAUCGACUAUCUCCAGCAACGUAUACGCCUCAACGACCCCAAGAACUGCUUAGCCAGACGACUUCUCAGCUUUGACGCUUCAGGGUCUCCUUUCUCUCCUCUCCACCUUCUCAACUACGCCUUCUUGACUUGUCCUAAAGAAGACGUUAAUUCCUCCCUUUACAAACCCAUUCAAUGCCUUGGAAAUUCCACAACCUCCUUCGUCGCCACAAGUUUAGACCUCGUGGCUUCGAUGCCACCAUCUUGUAAGAUCUUCAAGAAACUACUUCUUCCCGUUUCCGAGCCUAUCGCCUACAUGGCAGGAUUCGCCGGUGACCUCAACGAUCAAGAUCUCUGGCUAAAAUGGGACUCUCCUAAUUGCAGUGUUUGCGAGGGAAAGGCUAAUUGGAGAUGUGGAUCUGUCAACAACAUCACCCUCCAAGUCCAAUGCUUCAGUUCUGUAAACUCCGGAAUUCACAACACAAGCUUACAAGUGCUAAAGAUAAUCUGCCUCUCUCUAAUCGGACCACUCAUCGCGUUGACUUUCUGUGUCGGUCUUGUCAUGUGCAGCUCCGAUAGAGUCUCUUCUCAGGUCAUACAACACGCCAUGCUUGCAAGGAUUUCCGGAUCCGUGAUACCCCAGCCAGAAAGCGAACAAGUCAUCACGAGGACGGGUCUCGAUGAGUCUACGAUUGAGUCUUACAAGAAAGUUGAGUUAGGUGAGAGUAGGAGACUUCCGACCGGGUCAAAUGAUGUUGUGUGUUCCAUUUGUUUGUCCGAAUACGCAAGCAAAGAGACCGUUAGGUGCUUACCCGAAUGUGAACAUUGUUUCCAUACUGAAUGCAUUGAUGUGUGGCUCAAGUUGCAUAGUUCUUGUCCGGUUUGUCGGAGCAAUCCUUCUCCGGCGCGUGAAGGCUGCAACUAA